CCAUGUAAAAAUUUAGCAGUGUUUGUUUAUGUUUAUUUCAGACGUAUUUUGAGGAAUUGAAAUCUGUUUGAUCAAAUAUUUGGUAAAAUUACAACAAUUAGGUAUAAUUACAAUUUGUAAGUUUUUGAGAAACAGUUAAACAAGAUGUCUCUAGCAGAUGAACUUCUGGCAGAUUACGAAGAGGCAGGAGGGGAGGCAAUUGAAGAUGACCCUGAUAUUGAAAUGACAGAUAUUGCUGAAGUGGCUGAAGUCUCUGAAGAAGUUGACUUCUCAACAAAGGACUCUGUUAGAUCUGUAGCAAAAUUACGGGAUAGCCAAAAGCUGAAGGAUGUCAUGCAGCAAGUUCAAGUAUAUGCCACUCAACCAAGACGUAAAAAAGUUGCUGGUCCAGUUGAAGCAGAUCCAGAAUAUCAACUAAUUGUUGAAGCAAACAAUUUAACAGUUGAAAUAGAUAAUGAAAUAAAUGUGAUACACAAGUUUACCAGAGAUCAUUAUUCAAAAAGAUUUCCAGAGCUAGAAUCAUUAGUUCCUAUGCCUAUGGAAUAUGUUAGGACUGUGAAGAACCUUGGAAACAGCAUUUUAGAAAAUUCCAAAAACAAUGAAAAUUUACAAGAGAUCCUGACCCCAGCCACCAUUAUGGUUGUCAGUGUUACUGCAUCUACUACACAAGGUUCUAUGCUUACAGAUGAAGAAUUGGCGGUUGUCAUGGAUGCCUGCAGAAUGGCUGUUGAAUUGAGUGAAUUCAAACUAAAGAUAUUUGAGUAUGUGGAGUCAAGGAUGUCUUUCAUUGCACCUAACCUCUCAAUUAUUGUUGGGGCUUCAAUAGCAGCUAAAUUGAUGGGUCUGGCAGGAGGGUUAACAAACUUGUCUAAGAUGCCAGCAUGUAAUGUUUUACUUUUGGGCUCACAGAAGAAGACAUUGUCUGGAUUCUCCACAGCAGCUAUCAUGCCACACACCGGCUACAUAUAUUAUAGUGAUACAGUACAGAAAACUCCACCGGAUCUGAGAAAGAAAGCAGCGAGGUUGGUAUCAGCCAAAAGUACACUGGCAGCCAGAGUAGACAGCUUCCAUGAAAGUGUAGAUGGUAAGGUAGGGGACCAACUGGCAGCAGACAUAGAACAAAAAUUAGAAAAGCUACAGGAACCUCCUCCAGUUAAACAUGUUAAAGCUUUACCAGCCCCCAUAGAGGUCCCCAAGAAGAAAAGAGGAGGAAGAAGAGCCAGAAAAGUAAAAGAAAGACUAGGACUUUCAGAAAUGGCUAAAGCUGCUAACAGAAUGAGCUUUGGAGAGAUUGAAGAAGAUGCAUAUCAAGAUGAUUUAGGAUUUACUAUGGGAACAUUGGGAUCAAAGGCCAAAUCAGGCAGAAUACGUGGUCCUGUUGUAGACUCAAAGACUAAAGCCAGAAUUUCUAAAACAUUACAGAUGAAAGUACAGAAACAAAAUAACCAGACUUGGGGAGGCAGUACAACAGUAAAGAAACAGAUAUCUGGAACAGCAUCCAGUGUGGCCUUCACACCAUUACAGGGUUUGGAAAUAGUAAAUCCACAAGCUGCAGAGAAAAAAGUGCAAGAAGCGAACAAUAAAUACUUUUCUACAACAGCUGGAUUUCUUAAACUCAAUAAAAAUCAAACAUGAUCAAGUUUGUUCACUUCGUGUGUUAAUUCAAGGGAGAUAAUAAAUUUGUGUGAACACUCGAAAACUAAUGGUACUUGGAAAUUGAUCUGGAUUUAUCAUGUGAAAACAUAAGAGUGUCAUAUAUUACAGAAGUUAAAAUCAUUACAUUUUAGAAAAAUACUUUCCAAAUCUCCAUUAUGAAUUCAUGUUUAUAACUUGCUGAUUGGGCUAUAUCAUAAACAGAAACAUAUGUACAGUUGCCCUUACAUCUGCCAUUGUACAAAUAUAAAUUUGUCCUU